UUCUCACCAUGCCAUUUCUCUCUUUCUUUUUCCCUUGUUUAAGGGGCCUUUCUUCGGUUGUCCACAAAUUGAACAUCAUUUGCCUUGCCUCGGCAGUUUAAUAUUUUGAGCUUUGCACGUAAACAGCCAACAACUGAGCUUGUGAUUCUUUAAAAAUCCAUCUUUGUGUCCAUUUUGCUCUUAAAUCCUUUUGUUUUGUAUUCAUAUCGCUUUUCUUGUAUAUACAGAUCAUUAUCAAUAUGGACAAGGCUGUUGAGAGCCAUGGAUUCGAUGAAGUUGCUGUUAACAUUAAAGAUGGUGAAGAUCCCCCUUGCCCUUCUGCCUGCGAAACUAAACAAGACUCCGGCUUGCAACUUUCUGCCUCUUUCAUGCAGAAGAUAAUAGCUGAACUUUUGGGCACAUACUUCUUGAUUUUUGCUGGUUGUGCGGCUGUGGUGGUGAAUUCGGACAAUGAAAAGAUUGUGACACUGCCUGGGAUAUCAAUAGUGUGGGGACUGGCGGUGAUGGUGCUGGUUUACUCUGUUGGCCAUGUCUCUGGUGCCCAAUUCAAUCCUGCUGUCACCAUUGCUUUUGCAACCUGCAAGAGGUUUCCAUUGAAACAGGUACCAGCUUAUAUAGCAGCCCAAGUUCUUGGAUCGACACUGGCGGCUGGAACCCUUCGAUUGCUUUUCCAUGGCAAGCAUGAUCACUUUGCGGGAACAGCACCGUCUGGGUCUGAUUUGCAGUCUUUUGUGGUUGAAUUCAUAAUCACUUUUUACCUCUUGUUUAUUGUAUCCGGAGUUGCUACUGAUAACAGAGCGACUGGAGAGCUUGCAGGGCUCACCGUUGGUGCCACAGUGCUGCUUAAUGUGAUGUUUGCAGGGCCAAUAUCAGGAGCGUCGAUGAACCCUGCAAGAAGCUUGGGACCUGCCAUUGUGUCAAACCAGUACAAGGGUAUAUGGAUUUACUUGAUUGCACCAGUCCUCGGUGCCAUAGCCGGGGCUUGGAUGUACAAUACGGUGAGACACACGAACAAGCCCUUGCAUGAGAUUACAAAGAAUGGUUCAUUUCUAAAGAGUGUAGAUGCGCUUAAAAGUUCAAUGAAGGAAUCUAACUUAUAGAAUGAAUAUGUUGACUUAAUCAAUCAA